UGAAGCUAGAGUGAGAAACAAAAUAUAGAGAGAGAAAGUAAAGAAAUAAAAGUAGUCCGUACGUAAGAAACAGAUAGAGAGAGAGACGGACAGAGACAAGCAAGGUUUAUCUCUGAUGUGAAUUCGAAGCUAGGGUUUUAGAAUUGAAUUUCGAUUCGGAUAGUUUCUACUUCUUCUCAAGAACGGGUUUUGCGAAGAGAGUAGCGGAGAGAGGAUUUUAUGUCUUCGGCGUUACGAUUUUGUGCCCCGAUUUGAAUUAUUGUUGACUGGGGGCUCUCUCUCUUCGGCGUUCUUCGCUCUCUGAAGAUUUUGGGGUUUAUGCCUUUUUGUUGGGGGUUUUGAUUCCAGGACGGAUUUGGGUUUUUUGGGGGUUUCCACAUCAAGCGAUUUUGAUAUCUUUUCGUGUUCUUGAGAGGGGCUUCUUGCCUGACAAAUCCCUGAUCGGUCUGUUUUCCUUUCCUUUCUUGUGUUCCAAAGUCGAUAUUUUGAGAUGGGGUUUUCUGAGAUUUCUGAUAAUCGAAGACUGAAAUCGAGGAAAAGGAAAAUAAGGGUUUUUUGUUACGAUGAGGAUGGCACCGACUCUUCUAAUGAUGAAAGUCUUGACGAGCCCAAGCGUUUUAUUAGAGAAAUUUAUCUCCCACUUGGUGGUAUUCAGCAGAAAACAGAUGGCUGCAAAAACCCUAAAAAGAGGGUUUUGACCAAUACUUCGAACCAACAGGGACAAUCUGGCUUGAAAUACAGAGGCGUACGACGGCGGAAAUGGGGCCGAUGGGCUGCUGAAAUCCGGGAUCCCUUCCAAGGAAAGAAGGUUUGGUUGGGUACUUUUAAUACUGCUGAAGAAGCUUCAAAUGCUUAUGAUAAGAAGCGGCUUGAAUUUGAUUCUUUAAAGGCCAUUUCUUUCCCCAAGAAGAGUUGCAAUCAAUCUUCUUCGAUGGCCUUCUCAAAUUAUCAAAAGCCCACUUUUUCUGAGGAGUCUUAUAGUACAAUGUCGCAGACAACUUCUCCGUUGUCUGUCCUUGAGAUGGAGUCUUCAAGUACAGCCCCUGCAGUGAAAGAUGCUUGUGUUAGCACCAUUCUUGCUGAACAGAAAGAUUUGGCUUCGCACAUCAACGGUAUUGGCACCAAUGUUCAGCAAGAAGAGAAAGCUUUGGCUUUGAAUAUGAAUGGCAGAUGCUGCAAUGAUACAACGAAAUAUGUUGGUAUUGGCACCAUAGCUGGUGAGCAGCAAGUGCCCAAUUUGGUUUCUGAGGAUGCCCCAUUGAUGUCUCUUCCAAUUGGGGAGGGCCUGGACUUAGCACUGGAGCUAGAGUCAAUCUUUGCUGACAACGGUUUUGGCCAGUAUUUAAGUGACAAUCUUGACUAUAUUGGAGGACCCAUUGAACUUCCAGAUUGUUAUUUCGAGUUGGACGGUGACCAGCUGGAUCAAGAAAAGUUUGCUUGGGUGGAUGGAUUUUUUGAUAUGGAGAAACCCCUCAAUAUGCCAUGUCCACAACUUUGGCAGCAAGUAGGGAGCUAGUGUAUUUACAGUAUCAUUAGAAUAGUCCCAAGUUUUGCAGAUUCUGUCUUUGUUUAGAAGGGUGUGUGUAUGGAUAGUGAGUGAUUCCCUUGGUUUUCCUGUGCUAUUAGAGCCGUCCAAGGGUUUGAUUAUAAGAGGCAAUUACUGUGAUUGAAGCGAUUGAAGGAAACCGGCUGAUCAACGUGAUUGAAGUGCUAAUUCAUCGGAGUCCUCCUCCUGUCACCAGAAUGUAUGGUAGUAUUAACGGUUACCAUUUGUAACGUUGAGCUCAUCAAUUGGGCUAUUUCUGAGGCCUGUACCUUGGGCUGUUGUACGUUCUUAUACU